CCGGAGGAACGCGGCGACCGGGAGCACGGGCUGUACAGCCUGCACCGCAUGUUCGACAUCGUGGGCACGCACCUGACGCACCGCGACGUGCGCGUCCUCUCCUUCCUCUUCGUGGACGUCAUCGACGAUUACGAGAGAGGGAUGAUCCGCAGCGGCCGGGACUUCUUGCUGGCGCUGGAGCGGCAGGGCUGCGACGAAACCAACUUCCGCCAGGUCCUGCAGUUGCUGCGGAUCAUCACGCGCCACGACCUGCUGCCCUACGUCACCCUCAAGAGGCGACGGGCUGGGAAAUGCUCCUUUCUGCCCAAAACACCCCAGGGCCGCGCUGCCAUCAGCUUCGGGGGCAACCCGCUUGUCCCCUUGGGGCUGCGACAGUUUGGGGAGGUGCCCGAUGCCCUCCCCGGGCUGGCGCUGCCGGUCCUGCGGCAC